AUGGCAGUCAAGAAACAGAGGAAGCUUCAAAUUAGUACCAGAAACAGAGGGUGCAAAGCACUCUGCUGCGGCUGUAGGCUAAGUGUUUCUUCUUCCUCGGAAGAACCCGAAAGCUCGACAAACAGUUCAGACAGAUUCUGUAAUAAUAUUUCCAGCAUCGCACAUGCGAUGGUGCAGGAAAGGCUGGACCAGAUGAUUAGAGAGAGGAGAGAGGCGAGGGUCCAGGAUAUGAUACGACGGUCGAGAUCGAACCGUGAAGGAGGUACCAGGUUCGUGGUGAUGGUGGCUAUGGAGAAGUCGUCGUACGACCCUAGAGAGGACUUUAGAGAGUCGAUGGAGCAGAUGAUUUGUGGGAAUAGUAUGAUUCGCGAGGCGAAGGAUUUGAGGCGGCUGUUGAAUUGUUAUCUGAAGAUGAACUCGGAGGAGUUUCGCGGCGUUAUACUCGAGGUAUUCUAUGAUGUAUGUAAUGAUUUGUUUCCGUACUGUGAAUGA